CUAUGGACCGAGCGCUGGCGCGGCCCGCGUCCUCGCUGAGCCCGCCCGCCGGCCGCCGCGCGCGCCAUGCCGGGCUUCGCAGUGUACAUCGCGGUGGAGCUGGCCAUCGCCGUGCUGGCCAUCCUGGGCAACGUGCUGGUGUGCUGGGCCGUGUGGCUCAACAGCAACUUGCAGAACGUCACCAACUACUUCGUGGCGUCGCUGGCGGCGGCCGACAUCGCCGUGGGGGUGCUCGCCAUCCCCUUCGCCGUGACCCUGAGCACCGGCUUCUGCGCCGCCUGCCACAGCUGCCUCUUCUUCGCCUGCUUCGUCCUGGUGCUCACGCAGAGCUCCAUCUUCAGCCUGCUGGCCAUCGCCAUUGACCGCUACAUCGCCAUCCGAAUCCCGCUCCGGUACAAUGGCUUGGUGACGGGCACGCGCGCCAAGGGCAUCAUCGCCAUCUGCUGGGUGCUGUCCUUCGCCAUCGGCCUGACCCCCAUGCUGGGCUGGAACAACUGCAGUCAGCAGGAGGGCCGGAACGGCUCCCAGGUCUGCAGGGAGGGCCAGGUGGCCUGUCUCUUCGAGGACGUGGUGCCCAUGGACUACAUGGUCUACUACAACUUCUUCGCUUGCGUGCUGGUGCCGCUGCUGCUCAUGCUGGGCGUCUAUCUGCGCAUCUUCCUGGCGGCGCGGCGGCAGCUGAAGCAGACGGAGAGCCAGCCGCCGCCGCCGGGCGAGCGGGCGCGGUCCACGCUGCAGAAGGAGGUGCACGCCGCCAAGUCGCUGGCCAUCAUCGUGGGGCUCUUCGCCCUGUGCUGGCUGCCGCUGCACGUCAUCAACUGCUUCACCUUCUUCUGCCCCUCGUGCGGCCACGCCCCGGCCUGGCUCAUGUACCUGGCCAUCGUCCUGUCGCACGGAAACUCGGUGGUCAACCCCUUCAUCUACGCCUACCGCAUCCGCGAGUUCCGCCACACCUUCCGCAGGAUCCUGCGCACUCACGUGCUGCGGCGGCGGCGGCGGCGCGAGCCCUGCAAGGCGGGCGGCCCCGGCGCCCGCGCCCUGGCGGCUCACGACGCGGAGCGCGUGGGUCUCCGCCUCAACGGCCACCCCCCCGGCGGCGUCUGGGCCAACGGCAGCGCCCCCCGGCCCGACGGCCCCGCCCUGGCGCUGCUCAGCGGGUCCCAGCGGGACGCGCGCCUCCCGGACGUGCAGCUCCAAGGCGGGCGCCCAGAGUCCCGGGGCCCCAGGGGCCCCAGGGGCCCCCGGGGCGGAGCGGGAAUAUCCUGAGGACCCGCCGAGUCCGCCCCUUCGGAAGGGAAGGAACUUUCUCCUCCCGCUUGGGAGGACUAGUGGCUCUGGGAGCAGAGUGCAUGUGCGGAGACCCCCUUUCUCGCGGUCGGUUCCCACUUUGGACCGAGGAGUGAGCCCCCCGCCGGCUGGAGCAGCAUGAGGCCCAGCAGGAAGGGUCUGGAGCCCACGGGGGCGGCCCUGCACCAGGCCAGCGCCGGCCUCCAGCCGCUGAAACACCUCCAAGUGCCGCCGAGUCUCCGUAGAGCAGGCCGGCUGGCCUGAGGCUGGGAAAUGGCCCCAAAGGGCACCCUGCCACACUCCUCCUCCCCGCCCCCCCAGGCUUUCCAAGGGUUCAGAGCUGCUGCGCUUGGUGGUGGCCUUUGACUGUUGUUGUAUUUUUUUUCCCAGGAGAAAAGGAAAGCCUGAGGAAACCCUUUUUAUUUUACCUUCCCUCCCUGGCUGCUGGCUCUGUUUCAGUCCUGCUGCUAACCUGGCCCCAGGCGUCCCACACUGCCCUGAGCGGCCGCGUGCGUCCCCUUCGAGGCCGGGGGUUGUAGCCGAGGGGACCAGGGCCCGGGUGCAGGGAGGCAGUCAGGGCUGGCCAGCGGGGGUGAGUCUAGGUGGCUCUGAGCCUCCCAGGCAGAGGCCCUCUCCAGCUGCCUUGCCUUCUGAAGGGAAUAUUAUUUUGUUGUUUUUUUUCUGAGAUAAAAUAAAAAUGAGCCACAUUGUGUUUUAA